CCUCCAGCCAGCUGAGCUGUCCCAGGGCAGCAUCCCCGGCUCCUUGCCCGCUCCGAGCUCUCCCAAUUCCCAACGAGCGCAGGCUGCCGAAAUGAUUCAUGGAAAAAUUCGCCAAAAAUCAGAUGAUUCCCAGGCUGCCGAGCCCCUCACCCAUCCCUCUCCCUUUCCCCUCCCCUUCCAGCAGCGUUCCCUCCCCCACCCCUGAGCCAGGCAUCUCGGAGAAAGGCUGUGCCUGCACAGCCCGAGUGACAGCAGGAGGGAGAGGGAGCCGUGCCUGGGGCUGCCAGAGCCUGGGAAGAGCCCGCAUCACCCUGGAAGCUGGGAGAGCAGCCUGGGCAGAGCCCGCAUCCUCCUAAAGCUGGGAGAGCAGCCUGAGCAGAGCCUGCAUCCCCCUAAGACUGGGGAGAGCAGCUUGGGAAGAGCCCGCAUCCCUCUGGAAUCUGAGAGAUCAGCCUGGGCAGAGCGCGCAUCCUCCUAAAGCUGGGAGAGCAGCCUGAGCAGAGCCUACCUCCCCCUAAAGCCGGGAAGAGCAGUCUGAGCAGAGCCUACAUCUCUCUGGAAGCUGGGAGAGCAGCUUGGGAAGAGCCCAGAUCCCUCUGGAAUCUCGGAGAGCAGCCUGGGCAGAGCCCGCAUCCCCCCGGCAGCGCAGGGACCCCGCGCCGGCAGCCGCUCCAUCCUUCCCCCGGCGGCUCCUCGGAUGCUAGCAGCACAAGGAGGGCGGCAUGGGAUGAGAAACACCCCCGGCAAGCCCGGAGCCUUGCGAUGAAAACAACCGGCUGUGCAGCUGACCAAAAUGCAGCAGCAGGAGACGAAUAACCUGCGAGGAAAAGCAGCGGGAGCCAAAGGCAGGCUGCAGAAUUCCCCCCGGCUCCGGAAUCCAGCCCGUUCGAGGGGGCUGCGGGUUUGCCUCUGAGCCGGCAGAGCCCCUGAGUUGGUUAUUUUGUGUGUGUGUGUGUGUUGUUUCUGCUGGGAAUCUCCUCGGCACCCCGGCUCGCAGAGUUUGGCCGGAGCUGAGCCCUGGGCGUGUGAAGAAGGGAAGGAGGCAUGAGCAGAGCCGGGAUCCUGCGGAUUCUGUGAGGCCACAGGUUCAAGUGGGAUCAUGGGAGGGAAGCAGGUCAAAUGCCUGACUUCACCCAGCCCUGUCCACAGUGCAAAGAGUGAAUUCACUGUAGCCCCCUCGGAGGAGAAGGAGAGGCUUGUGACCCUCCAGACUGAAGAAACAGAGCCCAAACCAGAAGAGGCCGAGGCUCACUUCCAGCCCGAGUGGCAGGCAGGGAGCUCUGGGUCCUGCCUGGAGAACUCAUGGGAGGAGCAGCUCCUGGAACAGCAGGACCACCUGGAGAAGGAAAUGGAGGAGGCGAAAAAGAUGAUUUCGGGUUUGCAGGCUUUGUUGCUCAAUGGGUCUUUACCUGAGGAUGAGCAGGAAGGGUCCUUUGAACUUUCUGAGCGUGGAGCCUGCCCUGAGGAGCAGCUGAUCAUCAUCCGAAGCCGUCUGGACCAGAGUGUAGAAGAAAAUCAAGAUCUGAAGAAGGAGCUGCUGAAAUACAAACAAGAAGCUCGGAACCUCCAGGGAAUAAAGGACGCUCUGCAGCAGAGGCUGCUCCAGCAGGAUGCUUCAGUCCUGCAGCUCAAGCAGGAGCUGCUGAGAGCCAACAUGGACAAGGAGGAGCUGCACAACCAGAACGUUGACCUCCAGAGGAAGGUUGAAGAGAGAAACCGGCUCCUGGCAGAGUACAAAAAGGAGCUGUGCCAGAAGGAUCGGCACUUGCAGCAGCAGCAGACCAAGCUGGAUGAGAUGCUCAGGCAGCUUUCCGAGGCCAGCUACCAGCAGGUGGAUUUGGAGCGGGAGCUGGAGCACAAGGAGGCCCUGCUGGCUCACUGCAUGAAGAGAGAAGCUGAGGAGGUGAUGGCUUUCAGCAGUCACAGUGCCCAGAGCAAUGGCUUUCUCCAGCCAGCAGGAAAAGGAGCUGCUCCCACAGCCCACCGAGGGACCAGUGACCUGCAGCUGGUGCGGGACGCCCUCCGCAGCCUCAGGAACAGCUUCAGCGGCCACGACCCGCAGCACCACACCAUCGACAGCCUGGAGCAGGGCAUCUCCAGCCUCAUGGAGCGCCUGCACCGCCUGGAGACGCACAAGAGGCAGGAGAGGAGGGUCCGGGGGAAAUCACCAGCAAGCAGAGCAACCAACGAGUGCAGAGACUCCUGGCCUCCCAAAUCCAAGCUGCCUCACUCUCAGAGCACACCCGUGAUGAGCACCAGUGCCUGCACCAAAGUGUUGUACUUCACCGACCGCUCCCUCACCCCCUUCAUGGUCAGCAUACCAAAGAGGUUAGGGGAAGUGACUCUGAAGGAUUUCAAGGCUGCCAUCGAUCGGGAAGGAGCCCAUCGGUACCACUUCAAAGCCCUGGACCCAGAGUUUGGCACAGUGAAGGAGGAGGUGUUCCAUGACGACGACAUCAUUCCUGGCUGGGAGGGGAAAAUCGUGGCCUGGGUGGAAGAAGACCACGGGGAGAAUUAAUGGAGCUUUCAAGCCCUGUUUCUAUGGAAACCUGUGACUGUCUGCAGAGCACAGAGAGUGACCAAGGAGCCCAAGUGCUGGGAGGAGGCCAAUUCAAGCUGCCAAAAAAGAGCCUCUGUGCCAGCCACGGGUGGUGCAGGCUGUGUGCAUGGACAGCUGGCACCUGACUGCCCGUGCCCGAGGGCAGCUGCUGUCCUGAGGCCGCAGGGACAGAUCUGUGGGACAGAAAAUCCCAGCUUGGCCCUGCCAGCAAAACCCUGGAGGCCUUAAGGAUGCUUUGCCCCCUUCUCCUCCAUCCCUGCACUGUGUGCUGCAGGCUCAGCUGGGCAUCUCCUGUGCUGGUGCCACAGAAAACUGCACUGAUGGUGAAAAUGUGAAGCUUUGCCUUCAUGGAGAAGUUUGCUGGAUUGUGGGAGCUGAAGCUGGACCAGCUGCUCUCCUGCAGGAGCAGAGUGACUCUGUGGACAUUGCAGGCUGACAGGACCUGUUCUGGGUGGGGGAAGAGCCCUCUGGAGGGUUGAUGCAUGGUCUGAAGCAAAGCUCACCCACCUGGCCAAGCUCCCUCUCUCCCAAAGUCAGGCUCCCAUCUCCCAGCCCUGCUUUCCCCACUUUCCAAAGCUGUUCCCAUUUCCGAGGGUUUGCUCUGCAGCUGUGGGGACUGUGGGAUCCUGGUGCUUGUUUGCUGCAGGGUUUCAUGGGUGGGGAGCUGGAAUCAGCUGCUCCCCGAGGUUUUUACACCCCUGUCCUUGCUGAGCCUCUGUCCCUGUGUUCCUGCCCUCUCUGCUGUCACCUCCUGUGCACGGGCAUCCUCUGCUGCUGUCCCCCACUGCCAGGGCCACCAAGCACUUAUCCACACCAAUUCCUUGCUACGCUGAGUCCUGAAGGAACAGGAAAGAACUGCUGGGGGAAGAACAAGCCCUACAAUCCCCCAGGGGUGGAUUUUUCCCUUUGGUUUUGUGGUUUUGUUUCUCUACAUCGCCCGUGGGCUUGGGAGGUCGAAUGGGCUCUGCUCCUUCCCAGCUCCUGUGGGCUCUCCAUGGACUGUCUGUGUGUGCUGUGGAUGAGGCUGGAGAGGGGGCAACCUGGUUUUACUGUUUUAUAUUAACAUGUCCUUUUGUAAACCUGUUCUUGAAAUUAUUUUGUACCGAUUCACAUUUGUCUGAGGACUGUGGAUAUUUUUAUACUAGUGCAAGUGCUCUCUGUAUAUUUCUGCACGCAUUAUACUGUGUUUUACUCCUU